AUGCCGGACCUUGUCGCCUCGAUCGACGCCGGUGAGUAGUGUGAAGCCAUGAAGUGCACAGGUCCAGAUGGGGAAAAGCUUUCCAAAGGGCAUACGUGAUCCUGACAGGGGCUCAUGCUCAUCGAUCUGCGUUUGUCUGCGCAGGGACCACCUCGGUCCGCUUCAUGAUUUUCAACGAAUUCGCGGAAGUACAAGCUUCUCACGGCUUGGAGUUCACGCAGUAUUUUGAUCACCCAGGAUGGCAAGAUCAAGAUGCGCACGAGAUCGUGGACAAGGUGCUGGAGUGCGUAGAUCAGGCCAUCAAGAAGCUCGAGCAGAAGGGCGGCAAGGCAAGCGACAUCAAGGUUGUCGGCAUCACCAACCAGAGAGAGACUACUGUUGUGUGGAGCAAGACUACUGGGAAAGCAUUGACCCGAGCAAUCGCAUGGCCUGACACCAGGACGACCCACACUGUCAGGCAACUUGCGGAAAAGAGCGACAAAGGCACAGAUGCAGUAAAGCUCGAGACUGGUCUCCCGCUGUGUGAGUGUAUGCAGUCUUCUUGAUGAUCAAACGACUCAGGGGCAGACAAGUAGGGCUUCCAAGACUAAGAAGGGGAUUUGCAUCGCAAGAGCUCUCAAGGAUCUCUGUGGCUCAGAUCAGGAAGAGGAACAUGGCUUUGCAGAAUGCGCCCGCUUGAUCACUGGGUGCUCACGUUGUACUGAUACCGUCUUGCGCGUUCUGCAGCUACCUACUUCGCAGCUCUCAAGCUCAGAUGGAUGCUCGACAACAUUCCAGAGGUCAAGAAGGCGCAUGAUGAAGGAGACAUGCUCUUUGGCACAGUGGACUGCUGGCUGCUGUAUGUGAGUCGAUUUCAAGCAGAUAGUGGGCGGUUCUUGCAAUAUGCUGAUGCACUGCGUGGUCGCCCCUCCUUUCAUCAGAAUCUGACUGGUGGAGAGGUGCAUCUUACAGAUGCUUCGAACGCCUCUCGCACAAUGUUCAUGGAUCUGCGGAAACAAACUUGGGACCCUAAGCUCUGUGACUUCUUUGGCAUCAAGAUGGAGAUUUUGCCAGAGAUCAAAAGCUCUUCUGAAGUUUACGGAAAGGUGAAAGGUGGAGCUCUGGAUGGUGUGGAGAUUGCUGGUAUUGUAGGAGAUCAGGUGAGCGUCGCAGCGUGACCUCUUCCGCGGAUCGCCGUCAGCCUGACUCUGACCUUCCCAAUCACUCUGGAAGAUGGCUGCUCUGAUCGGGCAAAAGGCUUUAUCGCCAGGAGAAGCGAAGAAUACGUAUGGUGAGCAGAGCACGCCAGGGCCAUAGUCUGCAUGUCGAUUAAUUCUAUUUUGCUUGCGCACGCAAGGUACCGGGGCCUUCCUCCUAUACAACACUGGCACCAAAGUAGUCGACUCGAAGAACGGGCUGCUCUCGACCAUUGCAUACAAAGCUGGACCCAAUGCAGAGCCUGUAUACGCUCUGGAAGGAUCAAUCGCGGUGUGCGGCAGCGGCAUCAAGUGGUUGCGCGAUCAAUUGGGCUUGAUCAAGGAAGCGUCAGAAGUGGGCGACCUGGCUUCACAGGUUGAGGACUCGGGAGGUGUCUACUUCGUGACAGCCUUUUCGGGCUUGCUGUGCCCUUACUGGGACGACUGCGCUAGCGGAAUGAUCAUUGUGAGUCGCUUCUGCUCACUCACCACAGCGAAGGAGUGGUCUACUGACUCGUGACAUCGACGCACUUUUCGCAAGGGUAUGACGGGAUACACCGACAAGCGUCACUUUGCCAGGGCCACGAUUGAGGCGGCAUGCUACCAGACGCAAGCUGUGCUUGCAGCUUGCGAACGGGACUCGGGUGUUCCUCUCGCCAGUCUGCAGGUCGACGGAGGCAUGACAAAGUGAGUAGUGCAUUAGCGCCACGAUUGCUACAUCUUUAUCCUGACACCUGCUUCGACACAGCUCCGACGUUGCUAUGCAGAUUCAGGCAGACAUUCUGGGCCUGACUGUCGAGCGACCAGAGAUGAGAGAGUAAGUUCCUAUGCGAAUAUCUCAGUCCGGCCCGCGUGCGAUCCCGCUCAAUAGUCGUUCCCUGAUGAUCUAGGACAACGGCGCUAGGCUCGGCGCUUCUGGCUGGAGCAGCCAAAGGCUUGUUUGGUUGGGAUAUCAGCAAACCGGAGACCUUGUCCAAGGUAAGCUGUCUGCGCUCUCGCGUUAGCACUGGCCAGCUCGGCUUGGGGCUAACUCGUCCUAUGACCACUUCUUUCUUCGCUGCUCAGGUCAAUGCGAAGGGAAAGCAGGCGUUCAAGCCCACGAUUUCAGAGGAGAAAAGAAAGGAACUGCUGCACGGCUGGGAGAGAGCAGUGGAGCGAAGUCGAGGAUGGCUCGAGAACCCUUGA